CCCUGCUGUCUUUAUACUCACCCGCCACCUGGUGCUGGAGUCCUACUAGGUCCGGGCGGGUGCCCGAAGCCCCGCCUAGGCCUCCUAGGCCCCGCCCAUUUCUCUAUUGCUCCACGAACCCCUCACCAGCCUCUGCGGCGGGGUCUUCGCAGGCUCCACCCCGUACCCUAUCCCUUUUCUCUGUCCCUGUAGCGCCCAGGUGUUUGUUUACCUGGCAUUUAGGUGAGUUGUGGGCUGUGUCGGUUUCGGUUCUAGGGUCCCACCUCUUAGCUCAGCGCGUCGCGUAAGCCCCGACGACACGGAGGUGCCCCAGACCAAAGGCAGUGGGCUUCCCAGCCCGCGUCUCGCCUCGCCGCUGCCGCCGGAGCCUCCGGCCCACGACCCUAACGUCAGCACCACCGCCGACCCGGAGCGCGGGGAUAUGCCGGAGCUGGUGGUGACAGCGCUGCUGGCGCCGUCGCGCCUCUCGCUGAAGCUGCUGCGCGCCUUCAUGUGGAGCCUCGUGUUCUCCGCUGCUCUGGUGGCCGCAGCGGUCUACGGCUGCAUCGCGCUUACGAACGUGCUGUGCCGGCCUCGGCGCGGCUGCUGCGGGCGCCGCCGGCGCGCGACUCCCGCCUGCCUAAGCGACCCGUCGCUGGGCGAGCACGGCUUUCUGACCCUCAAGAGCUCCCUCCUGCGCCUGCAUUAUGUCUCAGCUGGACAAGGCAACGGGCCCCUCAUGCUGUUUCUGCACGGCUUCCCAGAGAACUGGUUCUCCUGGCGCUACCAGCUCCGGGAGUUCCAGAGUCGCUUUCAUGUCGUGGCUGUGGACCUCCGUGGCUAUGGCCCUUCAGAUGCACCACAGGAAGUGGACUGCUACACCACUGACCUGCUGAUGGCUGACAUCCAGGACAUCAUCCUAGGCCUGGGUUACUCUAAGUGCAUCCUCGUGGCCCAUGACUGGGGUGCUCUUCUUGCCUGGAAUUUCUCCAUCUACUACCCAUCCCUGGUGGAGCGGAUGGUUGUGGUCAGUGGUGCCCCCAUGUCAGUGUAUCAAGGAAUUUCCCCUUGGAGCCCCAGGAGCUGGCCACACCCACUCUGCUUCUGUGGGGGGAGAAAGACACCUACUUUGAGCUGGGACUGGUGGGGGCCACUGGUAGCCGCUUUGUGCCAGGCCGACUGGAAGCCCACAUCCUGCCAGGGGCCGGGCACUGGAUCCCACAGAGCAACCCCCAGGAGAUGCACCAGUACAUGUGGGCCUUCUUGCAAGACCUGCUGGACUAGUGGGCUUUCUUACCAACCUGCCCAAGUGCGUGGACACUUUGGAACACACACCCACUAUCCGCAUGUUCCUGGGAAUUUAUACAAUGUCCAUACAUGGGUGGACUCUUGGAUUUCCCACAGGCAUGGGAGUCCUGGAUUGUUACAUAAAUGCAUACCAGCACUCAGGCAUACCAGACUCCAUGCUCACAUACAAGCAUGGGUGUGUGCACAUAUGAGCAAGCACUUUUGCCCAGGGAACUAGGUAUGCCUGUCCUCUAUAGAGCCAGAUGCUGGGAUUACUCUCCCCACUCUGCCCUGUGCCUUAGCCAGCCCCCAUUGUGCCAUACCCAUAAACUUCAAUGUUCCCAUCCAUGGCAUCCACCUCCAGUCUGGGUCUUCAGCUAAAUGCUACAAUACUGCUAGCCAUAUCUGGCUGAUUAAACUUAAAGGAAAACUAAUUAAAAUUAAAUACAA